CAAAUAUAAUCUGUGUGUAUAAUCCACACUAUCACAGUCAUUAUUCUUCAACAUGGUUGUAAAAUUUGAUGAUCAAGAGAGCACAAAACCGACAUUGAAAGCAUUUCUAGAAAUAUUCUUCGCAAUCGACAAAGACCGUGAUGAAGAAAUUACAAAGAGUCAACUAAAGAGACAUUUUGAAACUAAUCGUCGAGAUGAUGAUCUAAUUGAGAAUUGGAUGAAGUUAUUUCAGUUAAGAAAGACUGAUCGUCUCAGUCUAGAAGAUAUUUGUGAACAUCUACAAUUAAAUAUUGGAGAUGUUCGUCAACAAAGAAGUACACAACUAAAAUCAGCCGAAAAUUCAUUAUCAUCCUACACUGAUAAUCAACGGGUACUUGGAAAUGAUGUACAGGUGAUCGUUGAUCAGAUGCCAAUGGAUAUGAAAUUAAAAAUUACAAAUGAAUUUAGAAAAAUAAUCACAGAUAAUGUUGAUUUCAAUGGACUAAAAUUAACAGAAUAUAUGAAACAGUUUAUGGAUAAAAAUUUCUCCUCAUCUUGGGUUGUGCUAAUUGUCAAAGGUUCAUAUUCAACUACAUUUUUGCAUCUUGAGGAUUGUGCAUUUCAAUUUCGUUUGAAUAAUUACAGUUUUGUUGUUUGGAGAACAUUUUUUGGAUUUAAUUAGGUUUUAAUUUUAUUUCCCACAGUUAUAACAUUAGUAAGUAAUGAGACACUGUUGUCAUAAUUCCUGAAAGUAAAGUGUAUAUUCAGUUUGCUUACUAUUAACAAUAAAUUAUCUUUGGUUCUGGUAUAAUCUCA